AUGACACCUCCUGAUAAUACAUGCUACUGUGCACUGUGCUCUGUGCCUCUGCGCCAGCACGACGUCCUGGUUAGCUCCGGACGGCCCAGGGACCUGGCACGACGACGGAAACUAGUGGACAAAGAGCGCGAAGAACGACUGCACUCGACAAGCUUGUCCGAUAAAAUGUGGCAGUAUAUUCCUGGAAUUAGGGGAUAUGACCCUGGGCUUUUGGAAGAGGGCUGGGCGUGGCUGGAAGACUUCGUCUGCCUGGGAUGUAACGACAGCCUCCCAGGGCCUCAGAGGUGCCCAAGGGACUUUGAAUCGAGAUUUUCAUUUAACUGGCUGGAAAUAGAGCCUUUUUCAGUGUGUUGUUUAAAGAUUUUGACCAAAGUCAUCGCUCAUAGAGUGGGAAAUACUCAGCCCAUCGACAAGGAUGUCCUCUAUCAUAUUUUCUCCGAGCUCGCCUACAAAAACUACUUGCGCAUUGACUAUGGGUAUAUGAUGCCCCCGCAGAGACAGUGGAUGUGCACUGGAGGGACCGAAUACCUGGUAGCCCAGCCACUUCGUCGUUUCCGGUUGCGCCAGCAUCUGCCACGCCAAUAUUUGCUUCUGCGAGACAGGACCAAGUCUCGAAAGUUCCAGUGGUGGAACCGAAGGGACGUAUUCUCUAGGCUGCCUUACGAUGUCCUUGACCGGAUCUUGCUAUAUCUUCCGGGUGGCUCAAUAUUCGCCCUCCUCCAUGUCUCGAGCUCCUUCAAUACUGCGACGAGGCACAAUUCUUUCUGGAAGAAACUAAUCCUUCGAAACAUGCCUUGGUUCUGGGAACUAGAGCAUCAGUCCUUGUCUUCAAGACCGGGCAGAUCGGACAUUGACUUCAAGCGCCUUUACCUCUGGCUAGACCGAGAAUUGUCGGUGCCGUAUGGCCUGCGAGGCGCGCUGAGAUGUCUUGCCAACCGAAUGCGCAUAUGGGAUACGUGCGACCAGAUUUGCGACUACUAUCUUAAAUUUGCCAGCCCAGACGUACCUGUAUGUGCCACCGACAAGCAGGCAGAUGCUAUCAGGCAACAUAGCAAAGCAUCGCACGUAUCACUUGUUCUGUAUCCAUCUCCUUCAGACGACAAUGUGGAGUCCGCCCAGUGGAUUCGUUGCUGGGAUGAAAUAGAUCAGCUGCCCUCUUUGUGUGAGAUGUUCUUCACGAAGCGCCCUGGCAGGUGUCUUGCUGGACUUAGCAUCACGUUUAAAGGAGAAAGACGAAUCUUUGGAUGCGUGGAUUCCGCCCUACACGACUGUGAGCUGUUUCAAAUUAGCCGCGGGGAUUGGAUCAUUGGAUUUGUGGCAUAUAUGCAAGAAUUCAAAAUUACGGACGAACAGCCACAUACAUGCAUCACAGAGCUUAGAGUAUGCCUCAGGUCAGGGCUUGAGUACGGUGGAAAGCAAACCAAGGUCCUACAGAGACCGUUCCUGGUUUCUGAAGGCCAUGAAUUAGUUGGCCUUGUUGGUCAGACCAAGGGUGGCGUUAUUGCACGAUUCGGCAUUCUCGAGUGUCAACGUCCAAUUAAACAAAGGAAAAAGUUUCAGGGCUACCCUCCAAGUCAUCUUCUCUGGUUUGCGUACGAGACCAGCCCUAUUCGCGGCCCCCAAAGACCGUAUAAAGGCCAUCGGGCGUCUUACUGGCUUCGUCCUUCUAUUCGCGUGCUGCCUCUUCCGUAUACCCAAGCCGACGGUCCCGAACAAAUCCACAGAGAUCUGAUCCCGUUAAAAACGCUCAUCCUCAAGGGGAGGGAAAAGUCGCAAGUAUUGGGGUGUAUAAGCGCAAAAAUAGCCCCUUCAGGCAAUAUAACCGGCUUUGGAGUCCGUUUUGUUGACCGUAACGGCCCGGCAGGAGUAGCUAAAUACCGCACGCGCCUUGAUCCUGGGUAUCAGAACUUCGAGAUUAAUGUCGCUGCAGGGGAGCAUAUCACUGAAGUACACAUCUCCAGACAAAUCUGCGCAGAGAGGUCUGUUUUGGAAAGGGACACGGCCAGGAAUGGACAGUUCAGUGUGCCCCGAAAGGCGAGGUUAUAGUGGGACUGGCAGUGGCUUUUGGAUCACGGAACUGGGAUGAAGCCCAACAAGUAUAUGUGAGUCACCUGCUUUGAUACUGUUUUAUUGAUGUGUCUAACUGCAUCAGAAUGGCGGCAACCUAACCAUGGUAACAGCCCUAACUGUGCAGGCUAAAAACUGGGAUCGCGUUGUCAACAGGGCAUAUUGAUGCUUUGAUAGUUUAACUAGGUAGAUAGACAAUCACAGCUUAAGACCAGCAACAUUGCCCUCCACCCCAUUCUUAUACCUCUCCUCGGCAGUCUUCCAGUUAAUCACCUUCCAAAUCCCCUCCACAUAGCCAGCCUUGUUAUUCAAGUACUGCAAGUAAUAAGCAUGCUCCCACAUAUCAACCCCAAACA